AUGUCCAUCGAGAACCUCAAGACCUUCGACCCGUUCGCGGAAGCGGAUGAAGAUACCGGCCAGGUCAAGCAGACUCAGCAGGACUACAUUCAUAUUCGUAUCCAACAGCGCAAUGGCCGCAAGACCUUGACGACUGUCCAAGGUCUCCCCAAGAAAUUUGACCAGAAGAAGAUCCUCAAGGUGAUCAAAAAGAAGUUUGCCUGCAAUGGCACCAUUGUAAGCGACGCCGAGAUGGGCGAAGUCGUCCAACUCCAGGGCGAUCAGCGCAAAGACGUCCAGGACUUCUUGACCGACAAGAAGGAGGGACUUGGUCUCGAUGCGAAGACGAUCAAGGUCCACGGUUUCUAG